AUGACGAUCUUAUGCGGCUGCUUUGGAAAAAUGCGCAGGAGAAAGCCGCAAUCCCCAUCGCAAGAACAACUGGUUCAAACUUUUGCCAGCAAGGAUUCAUUAGUCGUCGAGCUCGCCCCGGGCGACCCAUCGUCAAGAUCUUCCGACGCGCUUUUCUCGCCCAUAUCUGGAUCUUCCGCCUUCCCUUCUUCUAGUCUUAAACCCAAUUUUCGCCCGACUUUUCCGUCAAGUCAUCGACAGCGAGGAUAUUGCCAGCAAAGCCUAAGCGAAUCGUCAAGCGAGCUGACGUCGAGCUCGAUCGACUGGAGUCAAAGUUCCAACGGCUCAAAUUUCUCGUCGGACUCGUCGAGCUCCGGCUUCCAAUUCCGCCCAGAACAAAUAGAUUUUAACGAAUUUGGAAAGAAGUACUUGUCGCGCCCGAUCGGAAGAAAUCCAAUUGUAACUAAUGUACAGUUGACCAAAAACGACAAAAUGCCACCAGAAAUGCGUCGAAAUAUAGAAAAAUACGAGAAAAACUUUGCGCUGCAGCAUCAAUCUAAGAAGUGA